AUGAAGUCCGUUUACGCUACCGCCGCUGCGGUUCUCGCCGGCGCCGCUUCUGCUGCUCACGAGACGGGAACCUUCGCCGUCUUGCGCUUCACCAACGACCAGCUCACUAGAGGUCGUAUGGAUCCUAUCCUUUUCCCUGGCCAGACUUCCACUCAUGUCCACCACAUCAUGGGUGGCAGUGGCUUCAGCACCAAGGCGACCGGGAAGGAUCUCCAGAAGUCAAAGUGCAGCAACGCGCUUGUCAAGGGCGACAACAGUAACUACUGGUUUCCCACUCUUUAUUUCCAUGACCCCAAAUCUGGGGAGUUUGAAGAUGUUGAGUUCGACUACUUCAACGCCUACUACUUUUUCGAGAAGACACACGAUGAUAUCAAGCCUUUCCCUGUUGGUCUCCAGAUCGUUGCUGGUGAUGCUAUGACCCGUACCAUGCCAAAGGCUGGCAGCAAGCCCAAUCUUGACCCUUCAAAGGGUCCUGUCAAUCCUGCCAGAAUGACUUGCCCCCGCUUGAACAACGAUUACACGCUCCCAUCUUGGGAUGCUAAGUCUGAUGGCAAGUUGGCAGGUGUUGGUGAUCCUGUCAACAAGGGUGAGGGUGUCGGUUUCCCUGAUCGAACUUGUGAUGGCAAAUACUCUCCCCUCCGAGCUGAUGUCCACUUUCCCUCUUGUUACAAUCCCGAGGCUGGCCUCACCGACUUCAAGAACAACAUGGCCUACCCCGAGGACAAUGACGGUUACCUCGACUGCCCCAAGGGUUGGAUUCACGUUCCUCACCUUUUCUACGAGGCUUACUGGCGCACCGACAAGUUUACUGGCCGCUGGACUGAGGGUGAGGGCAAACAGCCCUUCGUCUUUUCCAAUGGUGACGUUACUGGAUACAGCAGCCAUGCCGACUUCAUGGCCGGUUGGGACGAAGAUCUCCUCCAGCACAUCAUUGACACCUGUAACGCUGGUACCGAGGGUAUGGACCACUGCCCUGGCCUCACUUACGGCCUCAACAAAGGCGACUGCACUAUCGAGUCCGAGGUUGAUGAAAAGAUCACCGGCACCUUGAGCAAACUCCCUGGAAAUAACCCUUUGAGUGGAUUUUCUUAUGGCGACAAGGUCCCUUCAAUGCCCUCCGGCGGCGAUAAGGAGAGCAGCCCUAGCAAGCCCUCUAUCGAACCUUCCGCCAGCAAGCCGGCUUCUGGGGAGAAGACCACUGCCGUUGAAGUUCCCGGCUACACCAAGCCCGCUUCUGAUUCCACUGAUAUCCAUGAGGAACCAAUUAUCCCUAAGCCUACUCUACCUUCCCAUCCUGCAGCAGUCUCCGAGGCGGCUGCUCAAGCAACCGAUGUUCUCUCUAGUGCCCCCAAGCCAACCGAAAUCUUCGGCAAGCCUGAAAAGCCCAAGAAGUGCAAAACCAGAGUUCAUACCGUCUGGAACACCGUCACAAUCACACAAACAGCCAGUGUGCCUGCUCAAACUGAGGCUGACACUCCUGCCUACAAGCGAGAUCAUGUUCGACGACAUGCUCACCACCAUGGCAGUGGACACAACCAUCUCCGCCGCCGUAGCCACCUCCGCCGCUAA